AUGGGUUGCGCUAGUAGUACUCCAAUGAUAGCAACAGCCGGAAGUGAAAUGUUAAAGGCAGCGUCCAAUGUCGCUGCGGAUGCUACAAAAAGUGCUGAAGACGCCGUACAAGAUGUAACACAUACAGUUGGAAAAACACUUGACACAGCCAAGGAAACCGUUGGAACAGCAGUAACUGGCAUUGCCAACGAUUUUGGAAAUGCCAUUAAGCACCAAACCGAAGCUUUAGAUGAUGCGAAAAACCAUUUAUUGGAAAAACUACACUUAGGAAAUGGUGAGCACAAGAAACCGGAAGCUAUCGAAGGUGCUGUUGAAGUAAACAAUAUGACAACAACUGCAUCUAUGACAGCGGCUGAACACGAAGAAUUGGAUGAUAUAGAUAUCGAUGAGCGCUUAUCAAGAGGACCAACACCGGCACCUGAUGCUGACAGCUUGAAAACAUCAACACCGGAACCAGAAAUUGAGCAAGCGCUGGCAAACUUCAAGGAGGAAAGUCCACCUACACCGAAACCCACAUUGUCUGAACUCGAACAAUUGAAGGCGGAAGCUAAAGAGACAGUCGCAAAUAAAACAGCAGCUGCAGUAGCGGUAGCGGCAACAACAACAACAGCGGUAGCAGCAGUCGUCACCAAAGACAGUACUGAAAAAAUUAUUACACACAACGAUAAGGAUAUGACAGCAGAGACAACUAAUGAACCACCUGUGGAGAAGGCAACAGAUGGGGUGGAGGCACGUCCCGGUACGACCGAGUGGGAGAAAUAUGCAGACUUAUUGGCACACAGUCAUAAAUAUAACCCGCAUGAUUUAUACAAACGUGGUGGUACACUUCAUAGAUUUGGUGCACCCUUGAACGGUCAUGGCAUGUAUUCAGCUUUCACAAGACCCACAGCAGUAGUGCAUCGAAUGCGUGAUGAUGAUAACGUUGUUGGUAUAGGUGAACACAAUUACAGUGGCUACAACAGUCCAAUGCAAUCGAAUCAUUCAAGUACUGACUUUGGACAAAUAAACAAAGUUAGAGGACGUUUACCGCGCAAGGUCAAUAACAACAAAAAUAAUCAUAAUCAUAAUGAAUUCGCUCCCUUAGUUGCACAUGAACAUAACGGAACAGUGCGAUCGAGAACAAAAUCUCCAACCGUUGGUAGAAAAUUCGACUUUAAUCCGAAUCGUGAAAGGUUAGGUUCACCUGUUAAACUCAAUGGAGUGCAUCGUUCUGCUGCCCCUUCACCGAUAAAAUCAAUAGCAUAUACACCAUCGAGAAGGAAUUCUGCUGACAAGUCGAAUAAAGUGUUACGUUCAAGUGCCAGUUCGCCUAUUAGAACGAAAUCGCUUAUACAGAAUCGUGUACGUUCAUCAAGCACAAAUAAUAAAGUUCACAAUUCCAAAUCGAACUCACCUGUAAAAGCAGACACACUUUCGAAAUCAUCACGUUCUUCCACGAGUAAUAGCAUUGUUAUAGGUUCAAAUCAUACUACGCCUAUAUCUUUUAAGAAUUUAAACACUAUAAACUCAAUAUGCGACGACAAUCAAAAUAUUAUUUCACGUUCAACUUCCAGAUCUACUUCACGUUUAGAAUUACGUUCGCGUUCACCGCGUUCUGAGUAUCUAGAAACACAUAAAUAUUACAAAUCGCCCAUGAGAGUGAGAAAUACUUCCUCAUUUUUAAGUUCCCCACGCACUUCGCCGUUCAGUAUUAGAAGGAGCUAUGCAGAAUAUAGUGAUAAGGAAAACAAAACAGUAUUUAUAGCAGAUUUAAGCUCAAUAUCACCAAGUCGAAAUCAUUUAUCACCGAGUCCAUACAAAAUGCGUGCCCGCUGCACUGUUUGUAAUAAUAAAUAUUAUAAACUAUCUGAGGAUAAUGUGAAAGAAGUGAUAAUUAAAGUUGUUGUGGGUAAUGUGAAGUUUGAGUUGGUAUAA